AAAGGCACGCACCUGACACUUCCUGCCCAUGAAUGUUUCUCUUGUUUUGACAGUGUGAUGAUGUCUGUGUAUCUCUGCCAUGUUUGUGUUCAUCUCGCGCAAAUGUCUUUGCAUUUAUAAACAUAGAACACAGCUCUGACGCUCUGGAAUAAUAACCUGACGUGCUGUAUUGGAUUAUAUGCGCAGUUGAGCUCGUUUAACGGAUGACUGGAGGCAAAACGUGAUUGUUUCUUCUCAUUGAUCCAGGAUCACACAGUGCGCAGAUAUAAGGUAUGGAAGAUUUGUCAUAUGUGGGGUCUGGCUGAGGGCCGUCUCUCCACCCCAUUGGCUGAUUCUCCAGCAUGUACCGUAGAAACGGCCUAUCAGAUGGCACCAGCAUUAGCUCCGCCUCCUCUGAGAUGAUCUUGGGAGUCAGGAGAAGGAUUUUACACUCUGAGCUUUAACAAUGGCUCAAGCACCUGUAACCCUGGGAAGUGACAGCUCUGUGUCUGUGGACGGCCCGAGCGCUGACUAUGCGAAGAGCUACGAUGCUGUCGUUUUUGAUGUGCUCAAAGUGACGCCAGAGGAGUUCGCAAGCCAAAUAACCCUGAUGGACGCCCCUGUGUUUAAAGCCAUACAGCCAGAGGAGCUUGCUAGCUGUGGCUGGAACAAAAAGGAGAAACACAUUUUGGCUCCUAAUGUUGUUGCCUUCACACGGAGAUUUAACCAGGUGAGCUUCUGGCUGGUACGGGAAAUCCUGACCGCUCAAACACUGAAGAUCCGUGCCGAGAUCCUGAGCCACUUCAUCAAGAUUGCAAAGAAACUUCUAGAGCUGAAUAACCUUCAUUCUAUGGUGUCUGUGGUGUCGGGAUUGCAAAGCGCUCCCAUCUUUAGACUCAGCAAGACCUGGGCGCUGAUCAGCCGGAAGGACAAGGCCACGUUUGAGAAGCUGGACUAUCUGAUCUCUAAAGAGGAGAACUGUGCCAGGAUGAGAGAGUACAUCCGCUCCCUCAAGAUGGUGCCCUGCAUCCCUUACCUGGGGAUCUAUCUGCUGGACAUGAUUUACAUCGACUCGGCCUAUCCUGCAUCUGACAGCAUCAUUGAAACCCAGCAGAGAACCAAUCAGAUGAACAACAUCCUGCGGGUGAUCUCUGACCUCCAGAUGUCCUGCACAUACGAUCACCUCGUGACUCUCCCACAUGUGCAGAAGUACUUGAUGUCUGUUCACUACAUCGAGGAGCUUCAGAAGUUUGUGGAAGAUGACAAUUUCAAACUGUCUCUGAAAAUUGAACCAGGGAACAGCUCACCGCGCAUGGCCACAUCCAAAGAAGAUCUAGCAGGUCCGUCUGAGUUGUGUUUGUCGGUCCGGUAUAAUCGACGGCCCACCUGUCCGGACGCCACUGUGGGGCUUCACAUCCCCACCCCGCCGCCCUCGCGCCACAGGAAGAGCCACAGCCUCGGAAACGCUAUGAUGUGGCACUUCGGUGUGGUGGAGAGUAAAAGUGCGACGUUCCCCACAGAGAAACCACGUCACCUGCUGGACGACAGCUUCCUGGAGUCCCAGAGUCCAGCGAGGAACAACCCUCACAGCUCAUCCGUGUCCAACGGCGUCUCUAUAGGCAGCAGUCAGAGUUCGUUCUGUGAAGAUCUUUCUCCGGGGGUCGAGAGGGGCCGCAUGUACGCGACUCUGGGCCCUAACUGGAGGGUUCCUCUCCGCAGCUCCCCCAGAGGCCGCAGCCAUGGCCACAGUUCGUCAGUAGCAGAGUCCAGUCUGGCUCAUGUAGAGUCGGGUGGAGUCACGAUGGAGGGGCCGCUGAAGAGGAAGACCCUGCUGAAGGAAGGCAGGAAACCCAAGCUUGCCUCGUGGACGCGGUAUUGGAUCACACUUUGUGGUUCCACUCUCAUAUUCUACGGAUCCAAAGCCCUGCGAGCCACAGAACGGAAACAUUACAAGUCUUCGCCGUGUAAGAAAGUGUGUGUUGUGGGCUGGAUGGUGGUGCUGCCAGAUGAUCCGGCUCAACCCAACAUCUUUCAGCUCAACCAUCCUGACAAAGGGAAUGUUUACAAGUUUCAGACAAGCGAUCGGUUCACUGCGAUCAUGUGGCACAGACACCUGGAGGAGGCGAGUCGGAGAAGAAGACCUCAGAUACCAGCGAAUCUCAUGUCGUUUGAGUAAACGUUUGAGACUUGUUCAACUCCUGCCUGAAGACUUUUAUAAGGCCUACACAGAUGGAGAAGGAUGUGUUUGGUUCAGCAAAAGGAUGAAAAAAAGCAAAAAUCCACAGAGCGGACUUGCUCUGAUCCAGUGGCCCUCCACGAGCCGCCGGACACAUCUAACAUCAAGAUAUCUUUUACAGAGCCGGACGAGGAGGUUUGAGCACUAGUGUGUGGUACUGUAGGAACGGAGGGGAAUUUGGUCAUUCCAGCUCCAUCGGGUCUUUUCUAUGGAGACUUCCGGAUAUCAAGGUGUUUUGUGGCUUCAGUGAAGUACAUUGUGAGAAUGAAAUGAAACAGAAGCUUGAGAUGGGCAUUUUCAUGGUGAGACAAGUUUUAGAGAUAAAUAGAAAACAUGCCGCCUGUAGCAGAAGAAUAAAAAGCCAAACUAAUUAGCUCCUACAAAGUAAACCACAGCCGGAUCGGGAGAAAUGUGAAAAAAGACUUAAAACAGCUAAUGAUACUCACUGGUUAAGAGCGGUUCAGUCACAGACUAAUCACAGCACCAGUGAUUUUUAUUUCUUGUUUAUGAAAUGAUGCUGGUUGAAGGAGGUUUGUGAGUGUGAAUAGUUUACAUCAGAAAUUCUGAAUCCACUUUCUGUUUAGUCAUUUUAUACUCAUGGAAGCUUGUUUUGGGCUUUAAGUAUUAACUAAUUAUUACUCCUUAACUGUCAAAUGAAGGUUUUGCUCACCAGCUGAAAUGUGUUGUAUAAAAGAAAGAAGUGUGUGUUUCCUACAUCUGAUAGGGUUCCUUGUACAUUAACUGGAGAAUACAGUUUUUAUUACACGUAACACAACCACUAUUAAAACAAGAGUUUCUUUUUCAUUUAGCCCAUCUCUUACUGGGCAACUCUCACAAAACUUGUCAAAAAAUUGCCCACUUCAUACCUUACCCUGAAGGUGAAUCGAAAGAAAAAAAACAAGAAUAUUUUGCUUAAAGAAAGUUAAGCCUAUUUUUUAAAGGGAUUUAAAGCAUAAUUUGUAUUUUGACAUUAUUUUCAUGACAAUUAAGCACAUUUAACCCUUAAAAUAUCAUCAUUGUAAUACAAAUAAAAACACAUAAUUUAUAAUAUUAAUUGCACUUUUUAUAUUUUAAUACAAUUAAACUGUGCUUAAAAUGUACUUGAAAAUAAAGUCACAAGCUUUAAAUUAUUUUUUUUUAAGCUUUAAAUAUUUCCUCCUCCUUGUGUUGUUUGAACCAGUUUAAAGAUUUAUUUUCAGAGGAACACAAAAUUAAACACUUGAAAGUAUUGCUGUGUAACUUUUUCCAUAAAAACAGCAGUUAAACGCCAAUCAAUUCAAAAUUAAUUUAAAAACAAUAAAAGUACUGUCAUCCAAAUCAUGACUCCAGAAUACAGUCUUGCAUAUACUUGUACUAAUAUUAAUUGUGAUUAAUUGCAUAAAAAAUAAAAAAAUAAAUUGUUUACAUGAUGUGUGAAUAUUUAUUAUCUAUGUAUAAACACAGAGUAUUUACAUGUAUAUAUUUAUAUUCAUAUCAUUUAUGUUAUAAAUAUAUAAACAUAUUUUACUGAAAUGUAUACAUGCAUGUGUGUAUUUAUACAUACAUAAUAAAUAUACACAGUACACAUAUGUAAAAAUAUAUAUAUAUAUUUUAGAUGUAAUUAAUCACAAUCUAAUGUAAAAAUAAAAUGUAAAUGUUUGAAACAACAUGAAGGUGAGUAAAUAAUGAUAAAAUCUUUAUUUUGGGACAGUGAUUUGUCAGGUUUCUCCUCUAGUUUAAUCAUUGUGAACUGACUCCUGAUAGUGAUCACUAGUUCUGUGUUGAGAGUAUUAUUUAUCUGGCAUCAGUUUGCUUUUCUGUAUGAAUUCAGCCAUGUUUUUGACAAAGAGAAGCGUUUUCUUUCACAUGAGGAUGUCAGAGCGAAACACACACAUGUACAGCUGCACUGCACGGAUGUUAUGUUUGUUUCUGCUGGAACUGUGAAUGAACUCUUGUUGUGUUUCCAUGUAAAUAUGUUGCUAAAUUAUUUCUUGUUUGCCAUCAUUGUACAUUGCGGUUUAUCAGCUUAAAGGCUGAUUCUUCUGUACAAACAUUAAAUGCCAGUGAACACACAA